AUGUUACAAGUUGACGAUAGAGGUUUAUGUGCAUGUGGGUGUAGUUUAAGGGAACGGAAAAGAGAAAGAGAUGAUACUUGGCAUCAUCUGGAGGCUGCUUGUAAAGCCUAUUUUACUUUGCUUGCUGUGUGCUGCAUGCUGCUUUGGUCUCUGGAGAACUGUUUCUUAUACUACCUUGGUUGUGGUCUGUUGAUGUUGCACAUACCAAAACAUCAUUUUGGUUUCCUGCCAAUUAUAUCACUGAAUAGGAACAAAAUUUCUGGUCUCUAUUGUAGAGUGUCAUUUUCUGACGCACAUUCUCCAAAACAUCAUGGGUCAAGUAGUAGUAAAAAUGACAAGGCUUGGAACUGGCUCCCAAGGAUAACUUCUCACGAUGACUAUAUUAGAGAUGAUGAGUACUUAACUUCAGUUGCAGCUGCGGCAUUUGCCAUUCAUUCUUUAGAAGAAGCAGAGUUACGUGACUUAAAUAAAAUGAGAGAGCAGCCCAAAUCUUCAAGACUUCAAACUAUGAUCAGAGAAGAGGAUGACAUAUCAAAGCGGCAAAGAUAUGGGGAACCUUCCAUGAAAAGGUCAUUUGACGAAGACCCUAGGACCAAAGAAACUGCUUUUCCUGUUAGACGUCAAAGUAGUAUAUCAACUUCAAGACCUGUAUCUCCAGCAUUAGGGUAUCAGAGACAGCAAGGGACUCCGUUUCCACACAAAAAUACCAAAGCCAGACCGGAAAAUUGUGAAAAGGCUAUGAUAAAAAUGAUUCAAAAGCAGUAUGAGAUGAUAAAGUCCAAAAUUCUUUCCUGGGAGUUAGUGAAAACGUUUCAGGCCAAAGUCCAGGGAGCAAAGCAAAUGCAAAAUUACCGGAGUAAGGUAACAAGGGAAGAUGUGAUAGCGCAGGGAGCUGGAGCAGCUUUAGAAGGCAGAAGAAGAGAAGAGUCCAAGGUGAGAAAGAACUCAAACAAAAAUCGAAAAACAAGCACGGUCCCUGUGAAAUGUUUGUGCUGCAAUUCUUAA